AUAAAAUCAUGCUGCUCUCCAUCAAAACGUCGACUGGAAAGACCAUCACAGUGGAAGCGCCGAAAAGUGUGAAAACUGAAGUUCGCUACAAACAGGGAGUCGUUUUUGCAGUCUCUUACGACAAAGAUGCCGGAAAUCAAAUCAUUGAAAUGGAGGACACUGUCCAAGAUGUCAAAAUUCAAGAGGCUCAGCAAGCACCGCUUCGUGAAUCAGAAGAAGUGACCGGAGAUCCCAUCAAAGUCGAAGCAUCGGACACCAACAGAAAUGAAGAAAACCCCGAUUUGGCUGGGCCACCCGCGGAGCCAGUUAUUCGUGGCACUGCCGCCUCCGGUAGAAUUGUAAAUGUUAGGCUUGCGGGAAAAAGAAUCGUCCAACCGAAUAGGCGUUUCACAUCAUAUUUGCCUUCGUCCGCCGUGAGACGUGUAGCAUCGCCCUAUCAGAUUCGGCGGGUUUCAGUCGAUGGAAAUUUCAACGUUUUUGUGAAAAACUCAACCGGAGGAAAGACUACCGCUGUUUCAAUCAAGAAUACGGAUACAAUUGGUACCUUGAAGCUCAAGGUUCAGGAGAAGGAAGGCAUUCCACCAAAUCAGCAGCGUCUUCUCUUCAAGGGAUCGGAGCUUAUGGAUUAUCGUACUGUGGCGCAUUGUGGACUUCGUCAAGGCACAAGUCUCGAUCUUGUUAGACUUGAUGCAUGAAAUUUUUCGAUCGAUACUCUUUAAUUUUUUAAACUGUAUUUGUUUUAUUCCUGUUUUGUUUCUUUAAUGAACGCUUAAUAAUUUU